AUGGAAGAGUUUGAGUUAGGGCCAACGAGUCGGGGGGUUAGCGGGGCGGAAGAGAGAGGGGUGCGUACUCGGGUGCUGCUGAAUGAUCCGAAUACCGAUCAUAUAUACUUGAAGGUGACGCCGAAUUUGUUUACUCAGGAGAAGCUGCAUUUGUUCGAGUCGAUGGAUAUGUAUACGUCUUUGAUUAAGUGUGCUAAGUUUAUGGAAAAUGGGGAACGGCUGCAUAAUCUUAGUUGGAGGAUUCUUAAUAAGUCUUUGCUUAAGGAUAAUGAUAUUAACAAGUCCAAGAAACGGGACGGGGUCAGGAAUUUGUAUAAUGUGAUAAAUCCGGCUAAGCAGUCGAAUUUGUUGCCAGUGGCCUCGCCCAAGACUGCUCAGCCGCGUUCGCAGCAACUAAGACGAUAUAAUCAGGAGAGGUCACCUCAGAACUCUUUUUCGUAUGUUUCGUUGCAUCAACAAAAAGAUGGGUCCUUGCAUUCUACUGAUGGCAGCCCAAUCCGCGAAAGGGUUGCUGCAACUAGUUCAGGAAAUAGAAAUCGUGCGGCUACGAGUUUACAAGUUCAAGGCCAAAUGCUAAGGAAGGCACCUGUUUUCUUGCCGCAUUCGUUUGCCAAGGGUGGCAGUGAAGCAACCGGUUCCAAGUUGAACCAGGAUCCGGCAGCUAACUAUGGACGGGAAAAGAUUUUUUACAUAGAUAAAACACCGUCCCCAGAGCCUCCGUCAACAAGAGAUCUGCAUUCACCUUCAGAUCCUGUUUUAAAAAGGACUCCAUCACUGUUUGUGGCGGGAAAUUCUAAUGGUAAUCUAGGGUGCGCAGCAGUAGCAAGUGCUGCAAGUGCUGCAACUACGACAAUGACCGCGACGUCAACAAUAGCAACAACAACAACGGCUUCUUCCGUUAACUCUGGCAACACACUUGGCCGCAGAUCAACUAGGUCUCUCUUGGACACCAGAAACCAAUCAUUAUUCACACAAAAACCAGGGGGGCUCAAUGACAUGGUCCAUGAUGCUUCCACAAAGGGCCAAAUCACCCGUCAUGAAUUAUUAUUGAGUAGCGAAGAUGAAGAAUCAGACUGGGAUUCUAUGUCGGAUGAUAGUGAUUUAUACGACGAUGACGAAUUUGAGGAAGAGGAAUACUACGAAAAACAAUGGGACGAGUUAAUGUUCACUAAAAACAAACAUAAUAAUAGUAGCGAUGAAUCGCUUUUAUCGGCUACCCACGAUUUUCGUAACACCCCUGAUGGGGAUGUUACUACUUCCCGCACAGGUGGUGUGGAAGUUAAAAAAUCCUUGUUAAGUGACCUCUUUCUCCACCAACUUCCGCAUACAAGCAUGACAACAACCAACAAUGACGACCAGAACAACAGCAGCAACAGCAACAACAGCAAAAUACCUAUAAAUGGGAACAAUUCUUUAAUAAGUAGAAAAGUCUCCGUGGUAUCCAGAAAUGAAACAUCCAAUAUCACUGUCAAUGGCGCGGUGACUCCUUCUUCCUUUAAAAACACAUCCAGUUACCUCGAACAACACUUUUCUAAUGAAAAUGCAGCUCCCACGCCUUCAACCACUUCUCAUAGCUCAGUUAAACACGGUUCUAGAGGUUCUUUUAGCAGCGUGAUAUCUGAUUCAACUCGUGAACGAUACCUGCAUGAAUCUAACGCUCCUUUAACUGCACAAACUAUCCUUCCUACCGCUUUGGCGACACAUAUGUUCAUACCCAACGGUAUCCAUCAGCAACGCAUGAUAGCAAGACACAGUAUACUGAUUCCCACAGGACCUAGCACUACGUUUAAAACCAGGAAGGAAAGCAUGGAUAUACCAAGUAAAAACCGAAACAAUAGUUUCUUAAAAACAAGGAUGGAGUUAUCAGAGGAAGAAAGCUUUAGCAGAGUAUAUGCAAGAAGGAUAUAG